GUGUGCGGCCAUAGCGCCGUGUUGUGUGGGGCGAUACCGCCGUGUGGGCUGAGAACGAUCCGCCAAGUCCCCGCGAGGCGGAGCGGCUGAGGCAGUAUCGCCAAUGUCUCCCUGAGGCGGAGCCGCCGUGCCGGCUGAGGCGCCGCAGGAGCCUUCUCCAUACCUCACGUUACCAUGGCCACCCACUUCUCCAAGGAUCAGGAGAGAAUCAGGUGUGUGAAGGGGGACCUGUUCUCGUGCCCGGGCACAGAUGCCCUGGCUCACUGCAUCAGCGAGGAUUGCCGCAUGGGCGCCGGCAUCGCCGUGCUCUUCAAGAAGAAGUUUGGAGGCGUCCAGGAGCUCCUGGAUCAAAAGAAGAAGACGGGGGAGGUGGCGGUUCUGCAGAGGGACGAGCGGUACAUUUACUACCUGAUCACAAAGCAGAAGGUUUCUCACAAGCCCACGUAUGAGAGCAUGCAGAAGAGUUUGGAAGCCAUGAAAGCUCACUGCUUGAAUAACGGAGUCACCGACAUCUCCAUGCCCAGGAUUGGAUGUGGACUCGAUGGCCUGCAGUGGGAAAAGGUGUCAGCAAUCCUUGAGGAAGUAUUUGAGAACACUGACAUCAAGAUCACAGUUUACAGCCUGUGAGCAGAACAAAGAUCCCCAUUUCCCCCAUAUUUGGGAGCAGAACCUGUGAACUAAGGGGGGACCUGUGUGGGGAGCACGUUCUGCAUUCGGGUGUCACUCACUUGUGCGACAGCGACAGGGGCUUCCAGCAGCAACAAGCCCCGGAGAAGUUCAUUUGGGCUGUUAAUUAGCAGGAGGCAGCGGCGCUGUGAAAACCCUCGUGGAGCUCCCAGUGUGUCCCUGCAGCCACCAGGUGUCACUGGGGCUCCACGCAGCGAAACGGAGCCGCUGCCUCGUGAGGCCUCGGGGUUUCUGUUUGGGUUGGUGCUGAUGAGCUGCCGCAGGCAGCGCUGGCACCUCUGCUUUGUUCUGUUUGCCGUGUCCUGCCUGGCACUCGGGUCACUUCCCUGUUCGCACGGGUGGAACGGUUUCAUUUCUCCCUUCCGGCCACAAAUGGGGUUUGCUGGGGUUGUGCUCACUCAGGAUCAUGCUGUGGUGUUAAAUAAACGGUGCCCUGCUGUUGGGUUGGUACCUGUGGCUGUUCUGGGGACAGGCUGGGAUUGCAGGUGAGGAAAUACACCUGUUGGCUGUGUUUUAUACAUCAGCUCUAUAAUUUGUAGGGUGCAGAGCUCUGUUUGGUGAGGAUCCAAACAGGCUGAUGUGCUCUAAAAACUCACAGGAUGGAGUUUAAGGUGGGAUUUUCCCAUUUCUUUGUUUGUUGCAUUUGUAGUCCAGGUGUUACACAAAGGUUGGUGUUUGUCACCCAAAACAAAAGCAAAUCAGUACCACCCCUGGUUCCUGAGAUCCACGGGAAGCUCCUUAUUCUGGAAGAGUUUGUUCCAGAACUGAGGAACUGCCAGAGACAUGUCCUUCAUGUUUGGUUUCCCACCCUCCCACAGUAACAGAUCCUUUGGACUUCUCUCAUUCUGAAUGCCCAGGAAAGUGACAGGUGUGUUGAAAAAAUAUAAAAAUGGGAUGUAAGAGUUGGAAAUUUUGUAGCAUGGCAGGGUUCCCAAUUGGAUUUCCUUGGGAAGGGACUGGGUUGCUCAGUUCUGUGUGGCUUUUUUCUGCUACAAAUCCUGUUUGUCUUUAAGAUCUCCCUGUUCCUUGCCCAUAUUUUGUAAACCUGUUUGGUGGGGAAUUGCUGUAGCUGGGAAAAACAACCUUGGAUAAAGAGGAAUUUGGAGCAAUGAGCUGAUCCAGAACAGGCAUUGAGGCUGCUCAUGGAUUCAGUCCUUCCCCUUAUUUGUGUCUGGGUUUUUGUUCUGGUUCCUUACUCAUGGCAUCCCCGUGAGCUUUGUUUUACAUGGAAAAUGAUCCUGCUCUCCAACACUUGUGUGUACUCUGGAAAUUCUUUUGGCAUUUAGUUCUCCCUUCCCAGCUACAAAAUAUUCCCUGUGUGGCCGUCCUGGGAUGUCCUUGAACUCAGACUUGUCAGGUUCAAUUUAGGACUUCUUGCAAGUAGAGAAGAAGGAAUAAACAGUGCUUUGGCUUUUGCA